AUGGAUAUGGAGGGGUCAGAACAUCCAGCUGUGAUGCAGCACACCGAUGAAGAGAUGCAGUUCUAUGAAAUGCAUGAUAUGACGUCUACUGAUCAUAUAAAUAAAAGUACUGAGGAAUCAAAUGAACUCUCUAGAGAGCUUAGACCAAUGGAUAGUAGAAGUAUUUGGGAGAAGAUAUGGUAUGGGCCGCUUAAUCCUGAGGAUAAACCUCCAAGGUUUUUUUUACGAUGGAAAACAUUAAAAUAUAUUGAUGAACUACCAGGCCGGUUUAAUGAUUCUGUUAUAGGCAGUAGCACUUUGCUACGUUACGGUGCAUUAACAGUAUAUACGACUAUAUGGAUGCUUAUUGUUUCUGCGAUACUCUUUCCAUAUCUUCUUGUUCCACCAAAGUUCGAACCGAACAAUGACUCUUCGGCUGUUACAAUCAUUCCUUUAACCUGUACCCAGUCAUUAAAGGAUUGGAAAGGUGACAACAAUGCAUGUGGCUUAAAUGCAGAACUAUGUAAUAUUAAUUCACAAAAAGACGUCUUCGUACGAUGCCCUGCAUUUUGUGACAGGGCAUGGAUAUAUUCUGCACAGACUGUGGGAGACCACAGAGUCAAAUAUACAGAGUAUAAUAUUGGCGGUGGGCCAAUCAAGGAUGGAGAUAAACGUUCCCUACCAUACCGUGGUGAUUCUGCCGUUUGUUCCAGCGCGUAUCAUUCGAAACUGAUUUCUGGAUUCUCUGGAGGCUGCGUUAAAGUUUCGAAAUCUGGUGCUCACAGUUCAUUCCCUUCGGGAAAAGGUAAGUCUGGGUGGUCUGUUCCUUUCGACUCUUUCUUCCCAGCAUCUUUCUCUUUUACGGAAAUCAGAGAUGGCAUAACAUCUGGCUGUUAUGAUCCUAGAUGUCUUAUCAUGAUUCUAAACAUACUAUUUUCAUUGCCAAUAUUUUAUCUUUACGAAUCGAUCAUUGGGUAUUGGACUAUUACCAUAGCAGGAUUUUGGACCCUCUUACUGAUAUUCGAUCCUCCUAUCCUUACUGAUCCCAGUAAGCCUAGUACAGUAGCAGAAUUGAUAAGCAUUGGUUUUGAAAGAUUAUUACCAUUGUGUUUCAUUCUCUACGUUAUCUGGAGAGCUGCAGUUAAGAGAACGCUACAGGAUGGUUCACCUCUUGUCAAAAUUACACUGUGGUUCCCAACUUUUUGGUUAGGUGUCAUGAACAAUGUUACCUUUGACAGAUUGCCCGUGGAUAGACUCACGUUAAAAGAUCUUAAAGAAUUAGCUGGUGCACUAAUAGCUGUUGGAUCUAUAAUUACUACCAUUCUUAUUUGUGCGGUAAUUCAAGCAUACUCCAUUUGGAAAUCGGGACGUUUUGCAAAAUACUUCAAAUGCUUGGUCGCCGUGGUGGCAGGUAUCUACGUUUUAACAUUGUUACCAGGUCUUACCUUGAGAAUACAUCACUAUAUCCUCGGGAUGACCCUAGUAAUGUUUUGCUCCUCCAGAGGAGCCUCUGCUUACUUGUUCCAAGGAAUUUUGAUCGGUUUAGUUAUUUCAGGUGUUGGAACAUGGGGUUUUGCAAGCAUUGUUGAAACAAACAUAUCUCUACUACGUGGAGAAGCUGGUGCAUCUUUCGUGCCUCCCGUUUUUGUAUUCAAUAAUUCGGAACCUCACAUUGUUUCAUGGCACCCAAGAAACGCUUCACACGUCCCACCGAAAAUGGAUGGCUACUCUCUUCUAAUAAAUGACGUGGAAAGAUAUGUUGGCAAUGCGACCCAUUUGGAUCUAGACUGGUUAAUCACUGAGAAUCAAUCUUUUGGUGAGCUAUUGAACAAUUCUAUAACCAAUUCCGAAAACCAUUCAUUGCCUCUAUAUUUAAGAAUAGCCCAUACAAGCACAAAGAACCCAACAAAAGACGUUGGGGAUUAUACAAAUGCAGCCAUACUACAAUGGCCAGAAGGGGUAUGGCAGGAUCCACCUCCUGGGGUUAGUUAG